AAAACCUCAUUUUUCCCCGAAAAAAAAACAAAAACAUCCUUGUUUAUUUCUUGCUCUUUUUGCGGUUUUCGGGUUUUCAACUAGCAGGUUGCUUACCGGUUACUGUAUGCAGAAUCCUCACAUUCAGGCGAACCGUGUUCUCCCAGACAGAUGAGAUUUCGUUGGAGAGAUGACCCUCCCAAAUGUCGAAUCUUUGCGAGAUGAUGAUAUUCUUCUUCUCGCCAAGAUGCUUCCUCUCCGAGUGAACAACCGUUUGCCAGGAACACCAGCGAUUCCCCCUUCUUUUGCUUUCGAUCUCGGUGGGUCGUCGUUGUAAAGGGACGGCGACACGCUGUAAGCGAUUUUCUGGGUUCCUCUCGUUGGUUUCCGAAGAUUUAAGCUUUUGGGUGUUGGGAUGCAAUCGAGUCUUCUCUCUGUUUGAUGUCGAUGUUGGUGUGAUUGUUUGCCAGGCAAUAACUGUAGUAGAUAUUGUAUAAUUUCACAGAUAGUGACCCAGAGACUUUGGAGGAAGCUUCUGUUUUUACAUCAAGAUGGUUCUAACUGAUAAUGGAAAGGACAAAAAGGAAAUCGAGGAGCUUAAUGAUAAAAGCAUUAAGGUCUUGAAUUCUGUUAAUAUCUCGGUAUCUCGAAGAACGCUGUUGAGUGAUGAGAACCCGGAGAAGGGAUUUUCGAAUUCGUUGAGUGCUCUGCCCAAUCGGUUGAAGUUCCUGAAAUUCGGGUCUGCUUCUGCCAAGUUCAAGCGGAUAGCUGAGGAAAGAGAUGAGAUUUCGCGUGCCGUCGCUUCAUCUUCGAGCAGUCAUAGGGUCAGAGAACGCUUCAAUGUGAUGUUUAGUCGGAAGAUUGAUUGGGGCUCACUUAUGAGAAUGUCCAAAGAAUGGAUCAGAGACCCGAUGAACAUGGCCCUUUUUGUGUGGAUCACCGCUGUGGCUGUGUCCGGUGCAAUCUUGUUUUUUGUCAUGACAGGAAUGCUCAACAGCGCACUCCCCAAAAAGUCCCAAAGGAAUGCUUGGUUUGAAGUUAACAAUCAAAUUCUCAAUGCACUCUUUACUCUCAUGUGUUUAUAUCAACAUCCUAAGCGGUUCUACCACCUAGUACUUUUGUGUAGAUGGAGGCCAGAAGACAUUUCCAGAUUGAGAAAAAUUUACUGCAAGAACGGGACUUAUAAGCCCCAUGAAUGGGCACACAUGAUGGUGGUUGUCAUUUUGCUACAUAUUAAUUGUUUUGCUCAAUAUGCACUUUGUGGACUGAACUUAGGAUACAAGAGAUCUGAACGACCAGCUUUGGGGGUUGGCAUUUGCAUAUCAGUCGCAAUUGCUGCACCUGCAUUUGCUGGUGUUUACUGCAUUAUCAGUCCUCUAGGGAAAGAUUAUGACUCUGGAAUCGAUGAGGAAGCUCAGGUCCAAAUUACCGAUGAUCAAAAGAAGGAGCUAGACAAGUUGAGAGGGAAGGCACUUGAGAGGAGGUAUUCAUUUGCACCGAGAGAUGAACAUAUAAUUGUUGAAAACAGACCUAGGUGGAGUGGACGGAUACUUGACUUUUGGGAUGAUAUCUCUUUGGCAUAUCUUUCACUCUUCUGUAGCUUUUGUGUUUUUGGGUGGAACAUGGAGAGACUUGGGUUUGGUAACAUGUACGUCCACAUUGCCACAUUUAUUCUGUUUUGUAUGGCCCCUUUCUGGAUAUUCAAUUUGGCUGCUGUUAAUAUUGAUAAUGAAGCUGCGAGGGAGGCUCUUAGUGUUGCCGGAAUCAUCCUUUGUCUGUUCGGUUUACUUUAUGGUGGCUUUUGGAGGAUCCAAAUGAGGAAAAGAUAUAAUUUGCCGCCUUAUAAGUUCUGUUGUGGCAAACCGGCGAUUACUGAUUGUGCACUCUGGCUUUUCUGCUGCUGGUGUUCUCUUGCUCAAGAAGUACGAACUGGGAAUUCUUAUGAUAUUGUGGAAGAGAAGUUCUGCAUAAAACAAAGGGAUGACGCUGAGCAGGCGCCGAUUUCUCCCUUGCCUAAUGAAGAUAGAGUGUCCGAAUUCAGAUCCGGUCCGGCUUCCCCAGCUGGUAACAUCUCUAGCUCACCUAAGAAUGCUGCAGGUAAUUCUCCAAGUCCAAGCAGGUUUCCAAUUGGAGGCCACAGUCCUUAUAGGAAGCUUAAUGUAGUGAAAGAAGAACCUUCUCCACGAGCUAAGGAUGAAAUUAUGAGCCCACCUGCUCCAAUGCUGAUUCACAAAGAAGCCCAGUAGGCUUCAGAAUUUUUUGCAAUAGUAUUUGAGCUUAUGAGGUGUGUCAUAUGGUAGAGUGUGUCUGCAGAUUUCUGUGCUUGAGGUAAUAUGCUUCUAUUGCUUUUCAAUUGAUUUGUCGUUCUUAGGAUAAUUUUACCUUGAAAAAAUAAAUGAAAUGAUUUGUGUAUAUUGAGCGUCUGUAGAUUCCGUUU